AUUAACCGCGCAGACCAAACUCAAGGUUAAAGAGUCGUGAGUGGCAUUACAAGUAUCCAUAUUAAUCGAUCGAAUCUGUUUUAUACUCCAAAUGGAUGAAUUCGAGGAGUACAGAAAUCCACUUACUAAGAGAUAUGCAAGCCGUGAAAUGGUGUGCAAUUUCGGAGAAAAGCGAAAAGUUAUCCUCUGGCGUCAACUGUGGAUAUGGUUAGCAGAAACACAAAAAGAGUUGGGAUUCGAUAUCACAGACGAACAGAUUGAUGAAAUGAAAAGUCAAAGGGAUUUAGUCGAUUUCGGGACUGCCGCAGCUGAAGAAAAGGCUCGGCGACAUGACGUGAUGGCGCAUGUAUACACUUUUGCUUUAGCUUGUCCAAAAGCUGCACCAAUCAUUCACCUCGGUGCAACAUCAUGUUUUGUUGGUGAUAAUGCCGAUUUAAUCAUGCUUAAGGAUGGUUUAAAUAUACUUUUACCGAAGGUUGCUAGAUGUAUUGACCGGUUAGCUAAAAAAGCUAUGUUGCACAAGAGUUUAAUAUGCCUCGCUCGCACCCAUUUGCAACCCGCUCAACCUACUACAAUGGGUCGUAGAAUAUGUAUGUGGAUACAAGAUUUGUUAUUAGAUUUAGAGAAUCUAGAAAGGUUGAAGAACCACACAAUUCGUUUUCGUGGUGCUAAGGGUGCAGUAGGAACUCAAGCAUCUUUUAUGGAUCUAUUUCAAGGUGAUCAUCAAAAGGUUAUCAAAUUGGACGAAAUCUUAACCCAAAAGUCUGGAUUCCAGCGUUCCUGGUGUGUAACUGGUCAAACUUAUCCAAGAAAAGUAGACAGUGAGAUCUCUAACGUGUUGUCGAAUAUAGGUGCAACUGUUCAUAAAAUAUGCACCGAUAUACGACUGCUGAGUAGUUUUCACGAAGUUGAGGAACCUUUUGAAACCAAACAAAUCGGUUCAAGUGCAAUGCCAUAUAAACGUAAUCCUAUUCGUUCAGAAAGAGCAUGUUCUUUAGCACGUUAUCUAAUGCAUAUAUCGACUUCCAUGGUUUCUACAGCAUCUGUUCAGUGGCUUGAACGUUCAUUAGAUGAUUCAGCUAUUCGUAGGAUUGUUCUCCCAGAAGCUUUUCUUGCAGCCGAUGCAUGUCUUACUUUGCUACAAAACAUAGCUGAAGGAUUAAUAGUGUACCCAAUGGAUUCCAUUUUAGGACAUGCCUCUUGACGCAGUUUUUUUAUUUCCGCAGUGUAUGUCCUAUCCAUCCGCAGCAUAUUUUCCUUGUUCUCUGCUAUGGGGAGGUUGUUGUUGACAGUAUCCGACCAACGGAUCUGGAUUAUCUUGCGUAGACAAUUGUUUAUAAAUAAUUUUACUUUUUGAAGAUGGUUAUAGUAGUUGACCAAGUUUCAGCUCCGUACAACAGAACUAUCUUGACGUUCGUAUUGAAGAUUCUGAGUUUGAUGUUGGCUGACAGUUGUUUUGAGUUCCAUAUGUUGUUCAAUUAUGGGAAUGCGGCCCUUGCUUUUACGUCUGCACCGGAUCCUCCUUGUUCAUCGAUGAUGCUCCCCGGAGCAUAUAUAUAUAUAUAUGUUAUAACUUGAAAAAAGCUGAUUUUUCUUGAUACAACUGCAUAUAACCGAGCACUAGAACACCAAACCCUUCCAAGUCGCAAUAAGAAGACAGAAGACUAACGAAAGGAAUAUUAUUCCAAACAGUGUCAAACAUAGUACAAAAUUAUCAAGUAUUUAUAGUGUUUAGUGAGAACGAAAUCAUCAUUACAGUCUUCCAAUCCGCGUACAGGGGGUUAUUAGCAUUAUCCAAUGGGGAAGCUACACGUUGGAAUUCUAGAACAUUCUUCCGACAGGUGAUUGGAUGGAACGUCUUCGGCUCCUUCUGAGCCUCUUACAGCUUCCUCGAGUUCACUGGUGGUCCGUCGUCACAAUAUAUAUAUAUAUAACCGUGGUAUACAGAAUAUAUCAGGUUCGAUAGAAGUAAUAAUGUGGCAACAAAUUAUCUUCUAGAUUACAGUUCUUUUCCUUAACAAAGCACGUUAAUUAACAGGUGGAUAGAGUAUUUGCUGUACUUAGGGUACAUCUUAAUAUUUCCGUACUUUGUAAAACAGUUCAUACCCUCAAAUCAAACACAAAUAUAAUUAGCGUUUUAUCAAAUAGCAUUAGUGUUGAAAGUGGUUGUCUGAUUACGUGUAUAUUCUCCAUUGAACAUUAUCUUAAAUGUAUAUUUCAACAACCAAUAUGGUUUUGUCAAUAGUUUGUAUGCACAAAUGCGCACUUAUCACGCUUUCAUAUUUAUAUUUGACUACCUCAUUUUGUCUUGUGACAAGAAAAGUGAUGUGUGUAUAUCUUCGUUCAAUUUUAUUUUCAUUUUUCAACAGGUGAUGGGAGCUAAUUUAAAUUCUGAACUUCCUUUCCUCGUUGUUGAACGUAUUUUGGUCAAAAUGGUGUCUGAAGGCGCAGCCAACCGUCAGGAAUGCCAUGAACGCCUUCGUAAGCAUAGUCAUGAAGCUGCUGCAGAAAUUAAAUUAAAGGGUUUAAAAAAUAGUCUCAUGGAUAAGUUACUCAACGAUGAUUAUUUUACCCCGAUACAUUCGUUACUUCCAAAUUUAUUAGAUCCAUCUUAUAUGAUCGGUCGUGCUGUCGAACAGGUGGAAGUAUUCUUAGACACUGAAGUUGACCCAGCAAUUCACUCAUACAAAGAUUCUUUAGCAUUGAACAGCAAUAUCACAAUUUGAUAUGACAACUUUAUAAAUAGUCAAAUUGUAGUUAACUUUUACUUCCGUUCAUUUCUCUUGACAUGUUUGAAUAAUUAACUUUUGUUAUGGAUUUUUACUGCAAUUUUUCAAUUCUUUUGAUUUUAAUAUUGCUCUGAUUUCCUCCUUUUUUCCAUAAUAUUCAUUAAUUUGAUCCAAUCUUUAUGUGGUAUCUAUAAAAUUAAUUUUUAGGGUUCCAUGAUAUUGUUGAACGUUGAUUAACCAAAUCAUGGUAUGUUACAAUGUUAUGGUCAAAUUGUAUAAGUCAUCAAAUAUAGCUCCGUUAAUUACAUU